GGGAGGGAGAGGGAGAGAGAGGGAGAAAGAGAGAGAGCAGAAAUGUAUUUUGUGCCUCACAUCUGCAGUGGGACAGCUGAAUUCUCUUCUCUACUCGUGUUCUGAUAUAUAAAGUGUAAAAUGAUCAUCUUUCUGACCAGGACUUCAUGUUUAAAAAGUGCCACGGCUGUUGAGGAGUGGAGCUUAAACGAGGCUGGUGAGACACCUUCAUGGGCAAGAAGAUGUGGUAGUUUAGUGGUGAAGGUGUUGGACUACUGAGUUCAUAUCACAGGUCCACCAAACUGCCACUGCUGGGAACCUCAGCAAGGCCCUUAAUCAGCAACGGCUCAGCUGACAUCAGCCAAAUAGAUUAAAUGUGAAGAGGAGACCUGCAGCUUGGACAGGAAGAUGAUGAAGAUGACAGUCCGCAGGAAACAUAACAUUAUUAAAGUGUUCAGCAAAACCAGGACACUACACAGUGAUGCGUACUGGGGAGAUCACACAUCCCAGAAUGCAUUGCUUCUCCUGGAAGACCACGCCCACCUCACCAUCGGCUCAGAGACUCGAGAGAGGCUUCUCCUACUUUCUACAGACUCACUUAUUGUCGCCAAAUCCAAGCCUCUCUAUCUGAAGCUGAAAACUUGUGUGAGUCUCUCUGACAUUUGGCUCGCUUCCUGUAUACAACGUGUCACAAACAGGAAGUUUAGAAGCGAGACCUCCUUUGUGAUUGGCUGGCCAACAACCAAUUACGUUGUGACAUUGAGUUCAUCAGAAACAAAAGACAAGUGGCUGUGUGCUUUACAGUGGCACAGUGAGAGAGCCAGGAAGUGUUUAAUCCCAAAUUGCAUCAUCCUGAAGGUUCAGCUGUUCGACUCAGUAACUACAGCGGUGAGCGUGGAUGUCAGUUCUACAGCCGAGAGCGUGGUUCAGAAGGUGAUACAGCAGAACGCUCUGACGGGCAAAGUCUCAGAAUACCAGCUUUGUGUGCUAAAUGACGGAGAGGAGGAAGUCUACCCACUUAUCGGUCACGAGCUGCCUUUCUGCAUCCUUCUAAACUCGCUGCGAGGUCAGAGGUCACGGCAGAUGCUCGGGAGACACCGAUGGCACAGUGCUGAUGAACUGCGUCUUACUGAGGACACGAACCAGUUCACAACAUCUCGCUUCAUACUGAAGAGUACAGCUGCAACACACACAUACAUCCAUGCAGGUUCUUUAAAGCACAAGGGGAAACAAUCUCUGAUUGGUCGGGCCCUGAGGAAAGGCCAUGGCCAAUCAGAAUCACAGCCUGACCUUCAGCCCGCCUCCAACAAACUGUUUGGCCAAUCACUGGCCUCGGUGUGUUCUGAUGGAAAUCUGCCCAAAGUGAUAAUGGACCUACUGUGUAUGCUGUACCAUCAGGGUCCUGAAACACAUGGAAUAUUCCGGCGCUCUGCGAAUGCUAAGAGCUGCAGGAUCCUGAAGGAGAAGCUGAACUUUGGACAUGGAGUUUCACUCUGUGGAGAAUCAGUGUUUGUUGCAGCGUCUCUCCUCACUGAGUUCCUGCGCAAGUUGCCUGGCAGUGUACUGGGCUGUGAUCUGUAUGAAGAUUGGAUAAAUGUCAUGAAAACUGUUGAUGAACAGGACAGAUGUUCCUCAGUGAUGAGUGUGCUAGCAAAGUUGCCCCAGGUCAACCGUACACUCCUGUGUUAUGUGUUUGGAGUGCUUCAUCAUAUACACACACACUCAGACAUGAAUCAGAUGACGGCGUCUAAUCUGGCUUUGUGUAUCGCACCCAACAUGUUGUGGAGACGCACCACGUUACACCCAGAGCAGGACAACCAGAGCACACUGGAGGUGGCUGCACUCGUCUGUUUCCUGAUAGAGAACACUCCCUCCAUCUUUGGCGAUGAAGCAGAAAAGGUUUUCACUGCUCUCUUGGACACAGCACAGGAAAACGAAGACCUCACAGUCGACACACCCCUGCCUCUUCACUCGUCCUCAGAAGAGACAGAUCUGGACUCUCUUCCUUCUCCUGUCUUCUCUCCAGACCUCGAGCAGUUCCUGCCACUGAACACUCUCUCCUUGAGUGGAAACAGGAACUUGUGCCCCUUUACACUUGCCACAAAUACCAGGGACGGCGGCUACACCUGCAGUGCGCUCGACUUCACGUCAACACAUCCGAGCUCGCUCGGCCAAUCGUGGGACAGGUGUCUUUCUGAGCCUUCCAUGAGCUUUGACACGACGACUCAUCCGCAAGCCCCGCCCCAUCCUCCUAUCAUUCGUCAAUCCAGCUGUGACGGCGUCAUGCACAACAAAAUGACCCGAUCAAAGAGCCCGGUGCUGCAGAGCCGCAGCAAAGGUGCAGGAAAAGGGCGCUAUGCUUUUUGGAAGUCUCCGCAGUUUCCUGCACGUUUCCGUCAUCCUGCUCAGCGAUUGGCCAGCAUGUCCAGUCUGUCGUCAGCGGCAACCUCGUCCCUCAGUUCACUGGAGAGCUUCGAGUGCGCCCCGAGUCCGAACGACGAUAAGACACGGCCAUUUUUGUUUGGCACUUCGGCCCGACUCCGGCCACUGACUCCGGAGAUGCCGAAGAAGCUGUGGACUAUGGCUUUCACUCAGGACGAACUUAAAGAUGGAGACACGAUUGGACAGAGAGAGGAAGAGAAAGAUGGAGGAGCUAAACAUUUGGACGAAAAUGAAGACAAGGGUAAAGCAAAGGAUGGACAAAUGACUGAAGUGGAUGGAGUCAUAAAAGAGGACAGAAGUGGAGUGAUAGAGGAGGGAGAUCGGGGGAUGCAGGCAGAGGAACAUGAUGAAGGAAUCUCACGCCACAUGCUACAUGAUAAUGAGGACAUGGAGCUGAGGAACAUACAAACUCCUUCACACACACACACUUGUCCCCUACACACCACACACACUAGCACACUGCACACAGACUUGCAAACAAUCCCAUCUAAAUGGGUCAAAACCAGCAGGAUGAAGAUCUCCUUGUUCCCUAGCAUGGGCUGGAAGAUGUUCAAACAGUCCAUGAGGGUUUCCGUGGAGACGGGAGGAGAGGCGGUUACCGUGGCACAGGUGAACACACCACAAACUCUGUCUUACGACCAGAAUGUCAACCUUGUGCUUCAGUCGGAAGGAGGACGAUGUAAGAUUAGCGACGGUGAGGGUGCUUGUACAUGUAAUGAGGUUUUCAUUAGCAAAGAGGCAGAAAGUGAUGAACUUCGCAUUAACACUGAAACUGAAAACGGCGUCUCUCUGAGUGACAGUGAUGUUAGCCAAACAGCUAGCAACAUUAGCACCAGUGAUUCCUUUAACCAACGUGCAGCUGACUUUAGCCAGAACGUCCACAGCGCUAGCAUAAAUGCUUCUGCUAGCACAGACAACAAGAUUAGCAUCAAUGUGAAUGAUUCUAUUCAGACCAAUGCUGGAAAUGGAGCUAGACGUCCUGCUACCACUGACUGCGUUGUUAGCAUUAGCAACAUAGGCUACGAUAGUGACAGCACACACGUAAUGCAGAGUGCUUCCACUAGCAUGAGCCGUACAGUUAGAAAUAGCGUACUGGACUGCAUUAAUGACAUCAACUCUGUUUCUCAUAGCUCAAGCCCAAGCCAUGGCGUUAGCAUUAACACAGUUAGCCACAGUGUUAGCAUUACUCAAAGCAAUGCUAAUCAGGAUGCAGAAUCAUCUACCAAAACAUCGCUCCGACAAACCAUACGCAUACGGCUACCAUCUACAGUACGCAGCAGCGUCAGAGCAUACUUUAGCCCCGCCCACACAAUCACACACACAGACACUCAGUGACACACACACAGACACUCAGUGACACACACACACAGACACUCAGUGACACAGACACUCAGUGACACAC